UAUACUUACUGGGCACAGAGCCAGUGUCAUAAUAAACAUGACACUGGCUGAGUUUAAGAACGCCAAGGUGCAAGAAAACAGGGUAGUGAUUUCUGUUGCAAGCCACAAAACAUCGGGUACAUAUGGGAGGGCAUACAUCACCCUCAGCCUGAGGGAGCAUUCCUGGCUGACCCAAUUUGAAGACCUGAGACCCUUUCUGGCAGGUCACAGCAGGAGGCCAGAAACAUUUUUUUUUUCCUCGUCCGGACAGCCUUUUUACAAAUUAGGCGAUCUAGUCAGGCAAACAUGUAAAGGGAAUGGUAUGCAGCGCUCGUUUACCAUUUCUGAUAUACGGACAGCAGUGUCUACUUGCAUCGAGAGGAACUUGCCACCGGAUCACCGGCGCUUGGUGGCCCGUCUCAUGUGUCAUACUAUAGACACGGCUGACCGGUUUUAUGUCGCAGACCCUGACAUCCAGGAUGUCCACCGCAGCCGUAAUUUUGUGGAGCAGGCAUUAGGCAUGGGGAAGCAUCCCCAGGCCAAAACCGGUCAGCCGUGUUUAGAAGAUGAGCAUGAGAUCACCAGGCCAGCACGGAGGUCACGCUUGAUUUUUGAGUCUUCCGAAGAAGAGGACGUGCCUCCAGGACCGCUGCCUUUAUCUGCAAUGGAAAUUGAGGCACAACAAGCUCCAGCUCCCACGGUACCUCCCCAGGAAGAGCAUACGGAGGAAGAGACAGGCGAACUAUUCUCUGACCUGGGAUUGAAUCUUGAAACUCCCGAGAAGGCAAUCUGUCAAUUUGAUCUCGACGAGGAGGAGGAGGAGGAAUGGGAAAGUAAGGAGGAGGAUACUGACUCUGAAAUAAAUUCUCCCCUACCAAAAGUGGUCAAGAAAGAUAUAAAGAGUGGCGUCUGUAGGAGGAGAUUAUCCUAUCCAGAAUCGCUGAAGAAUGAAGUGGUGUCGUGCUUUGCCGCAUACUGGCAUGAGCCAAUAACAACUAGUACU